UUGGUUGAAAGUUGGCUUCCGUCACCCCAGAAUGAACCACAGUUCUUACAGAUAUAUUUUGUUGGUGAGGACGAUAGAGAAGUUCAAUUGAGAUACAAUAACUUUCUUUAUGUAAGACCUGGCUUGGUAAGGCAAUUACAACGAAUACUACAUACUCAUAAUGUAUACGUAAGAGAGUUCAAGCUAGCCCUGGACAAAUGCGAUCUUAAGACCAAACAGCCGCUUAAAAAAUGGUACCUGCUGCAAGUUUUUAUUCUCACGGUAUAA